UUUUUUUGUAUCAAGCCAAUUGAGUCAAGAUGCCUUCUUUCGCCUCCAAGCUUCUUGGCAAAACGGGUUCAGACAAGGAAAAGCAUCAGGAGAAAAACGUUUCCGAUGACAUUGAGGAUAUCGAUGAAGUGGAUGAUCAGGGUCAGUCCAUUUUAAUGGGAAUUAUCUCGCAAUUGCGGCCAGGAUCGGACUUGUCUCGAAUCACGCUUCCUACCUUUAUUCUGGAGAGGAAAAGCAUGUUGGAGCGGAUUACCAACCAAUUGCAACAGCCGGACAUACUUUUGGCUGCUCAUUCGGCGACCGACCCGGUUGAGCGGUUUGUCACUGUGGUGAAGUGGUACAUGUCUUGCUGGCACAUUGCUCCGAAAGCGGUUAAGAAGCCAUUGAACCCGAUUCUGGGAGAGUACUUUACGUGUUACUGGGACCUUCCUAAUGGGUCUCAGGCAUACUACGUUGCUGAGCAAACAUCUCACCAUCCCCCAAAAUCCUCCUAUUUCUACAUUAUUCCAGAUCAUAACAUCAGAGUGGAUGGAAUAGUUGUUCCGAAGUCCAGGUUUUUAGGCAACUCCACCGCAGCAAUCAUGGAGGGUGUGACGAAGCUUUCCUUUUUGGACAUCGUUGACGAAGAAACCGGCGAUUGCGAGAUCUAUACAAUGACACAGCCAAACAUGUAUGCCAGAGGUAUUCUAUUUGGAACUUUGAAGUUCGAGCUUGGAGACCACUUGUUAUUGCAAUGUCCUAGAAACAAUUUAAUUGCGGACAUCGAAUUCAAAACCAAAGGGUUCAUUUCCGGUUCCUACAAUGUGAUUGAGGGUCAGAUCAAGAAUUCCAAGACAGGUGAGGUGCUGUACGAAUUGAGUGGAAAGUGGUCGGAAGAGAUGUAUAUCAAAGAUACCAAGACCGGCAAGAAAUCGGUCUUUUUCGAUUGCCAGCACAGCACACCUUUGAAGCCAAAGGUGAGAGAUAUUUCUGAGCAAGGGGCUUACGAAAGCCGCAGGUUGUGGAAGAAGGUGACUGAUGCUCUUGCGCAGCGCGACCAUCACACCGCUACAGAUGAGAAAUUCAAGAUUGAGGAGGAACAGAGAGUCCAGCAGAAAAAACGUGAAGAAGAGGGCGUGGAUUUUCAUCCAAAGCUGUUCAAACAGAUGCCUGUUGCCGAGACCGCUCGCAAGGGCAACGAAAACUUGGAGUAUGUGAUCUAUAAAGACAAGGUGCUGAAUAAAGACCUCAAAGCGCACAACCCAGAAGAUUUGCGGAAACAUAUAUUUGAAAUUGCGCCGUUCCUUCCGGGCCAGCAGUUCAACCCCGAGUUUGAGAUUCCAGCUUACAAGAAGUCCUAGAUAGACUACCCGCUUUAAUGGACUAUAUAAGAUUUUCUCGAGUUGCGAGCGGCCCCAUAUCUUAUGUACAAUUGUUUUCUAAUGAGCAUUCCUUCGAAUUUUUGUUUCAAAAGCGCAUCGUUAUCCAGUGGAACAGGUUUAUUCUUGCUCACAAGCUGUCUCGACCUGACGUCAAUCAAGUAGUCUCCCUCCCGUUCAAAUUCCUCGUACUCCUGCUUAUACAGGGAGCAAACAUCCAAGCCCAAAUAAAGCCCAAGCUGCAGCUUCACGUAGUAUAAAGAGUAGCUUGCAGUACUCAUCUGCUCACCCCAGAGUCCAAUUUCUUCAUAUAUUCGCAACAGCUCUUGUUCUUCGAAGUAUUCUGGUGAACCUCUCAAUUCACCGCCUAACCUCUUGAGCUCCCAAAUAAAAUAAUCGCUCUUUCCAGUUAGAAUCUCAAGCAAAGCCAACCACAUCGAAAAAUCGCCAAAAUGCGUCUUACAGUAGUCCCAUAUCCUUUCAUACAAUAUCCGCAGAAGGCCUCUGCAUCGGCAACUCGCCAGAAGAACACGCAGGAAUGAACACGCAUAGUAAUUACGUGGAUGAGAGGUAACAGAGAGGAGGAUUAAGUCAACCAUUUCGUUCAGAGACGAGCAAUCAAGCGUCUCGAGUUUAGCAACCGACGACUUUCUGAAAUAAAACCAUAGGUUUGCUGACUUAUUGGUUUUUGCCAAAUCACAGCUUAAAAGCGUGCUCAGACAGUUGUAAUGAUAACCAGGUGCGAAAGGAUCAGUCAAUAUGAUUUUGUUGAGUGCGCUUUCAUUGAGUAAAAUGGCACGAUGGUCCUCUGGAGUCGUAAUCAAAACACCAAUUGAUGCGUAAUAUAAUUGCCAGUCAUCAAUAUACUUCUCUGUAUCAAGAACUUGCUUGCAAUCCUUGAAUAUACUGAUUAUUGUUUUCUUGGAAACAAGUAUCUCCAUAAUACCCGUUUUUGCAUCCUCAAAAAUUACAAUUGGGCCUUUACUGAAAAAC